GUCCAGAUACUUGCAGAUGCUCAACGCUGCAGACAUUGAAUCGGUCACAAUGGCUGCUAACCCAGUUAAUCCUAUGAGGUUGGUCAUUUUUGGAAAAACUGGUGUUGGGAAGAGUCAUGUUGGAAACGUCAUUGUGAGGAGAGAAGGUGCAUUUGUGUCCAAAUGCUCUGCAAGUUCAGUCACACAGAAGUGUUCAAAACAAGAGGUGAUAGAGGACGGAAGACGGAUUGAGGUGGUUGACACUCCGGGUAUCAUGGAUACAGGACGACCGGCAGUAGAGGUUGCCAAUGAGAUUCUGCAAUGCAUUCAAGUGUCCUCACCUGGUCCACACGCAUUCCUACUGGUGAUUCAACUGACCCGAUUCACUGAUGAGGAACAGAAAACAGUCAAAGAUUUACAAGGCAUAUUUGGAAGAAGACUCGCAGACUACAUGAUUGUGGUCUUCAAUCGUGCUGAUGAGCUGGGAAACCAAACUAUACAACAAUUUCUGCAAGACGGUACAAAUGAACUCCGCAAAGUCAUCAGUGAAUGUGGCGGUAGAUAUGUUCCUUUCUACAACGAUCUUAACAAUCGUGAGCAGGUUGCUGAUCUUGUUAGAAUGGUAGAUCAGAUGAUAGUGGUGAAUGGAGGGGAGCACUUUUCUAAUGAAGUGUAUGAGGACUCAGUUAGGAACCCUGAAUCUUUUGUGGGCAAUUGGCUGAGUAGAAUGAUACAGUGGGUGAAAAGGAUAUUUGGACUAUUUUAGAUUAGUUACAUACUUGUAAACAAAAUACACGUCUCUGAUAUCUGUAGUGAAGCCCAUAGAACUGGCCCUGUGUAUGAAACAUUGUGAGAAUUUUCCACCCCUAUCAUACUCUGUACACUGCCUACUUCUACAUACUAUGCUAUAGAUGUAUCCAUCAACACUUGUUCCAGGUCAUGUUAAGAUUGUCUACCUUAACUGACAGAGUAUGUUUUCUGCAUUGGUCUAUCCCAACUCACAAUUACCUUUUUUACAUUUAUUAUCUUUACUAUUUUAUUUUAUUCCCUGACUAUUCCUGUGUUAUUUGUGUUGAAAUGUCCCUGUGGGCUUUUGUGUAAUUGUGUAUUUAUGUAAGCUACUGGAUACCUCAAUUUCUCCCUGGGGAUCAAUAAAGUUACUCUACUCUACUCUACUAUAUGCACUGAUACGCAAUGAAGUUCUUUAGUGUUUUUCUGUUUCAUGCUCUCAUAUCAGAAACACAGAGCCAACUAACAUGUAUGUUAUUUUACGAUAUGUUUUUGUGCCACGAUGUGAUUUACUGUAUAAGCACCAAAAAAGAUGAUGUGUUUGGUUAGUGUAGUUAUUUCGGAGGCAUAGCUGCCAUGAAAAUAUUUGUCCGCUCUUUAUUUGCAAAUUCUUUACCAAAUGAAAUGGAUUGCGAGGGCACAACCCUCUUCAGAUCACCCCAUAGAUCAGGGAUGGGCAACUGGAGGCCCGGGGGCCACAUGCGGCACACCUACUCACUCAGUGUGGCCGUAGAUUAACGUAGAAAUAAUAAUAAUAAUACAGAUAAUAAUAAUAAUAAUAAUGACCAGAUUUUUUUUUAAACAGUACUGAAUCAAGUCCAUUGUAAUUGUAUUGUAUUGUUGGCCUAAUAGAAAACACUUCUAUUCCUUCCAAACAAUAUCGGCAGUCAGCGAGCAACCAACUGCAUCUCAGACUAUGUGAAUUGCAGUCAGAUUCGUGGUCAUGUGGCUCUCCGAUGGUGGCGAUGCUAAAAUGUGGUCCUCCCAAUGAUACAGUAAGUAACUUAUAUGGACCUCCUCGGGCCCUCCUUAUCAGCAAAGUUGCCCAUGCCUGCCAUAGAUGGUCAAUGGGAUUCAGGUCUGGACUCUGGAUUCCAAAACCUCUGCCUUCUUCUAGUGAAGCCGUUCUUUUUGUUGAUUUAGAUGUAUCUUUAGACUGACUGCUGAAAUAAAAAAAGUUCCUCCUCAUCUUCAGAUUUCUAAGAGGGUGCGGAAGGUUUUGUGUCAACACCGGUAUUUAGUUUCCUACUACCUGAUGAUGAUGAUGAUGAUAUUAAAAGCAAUGUAGUUAACCAAAUGUAAACAGUCACCACAUGUGUCAUGAUAUUUAAAUUAAUGUAGUCUAAUGUCAACUACUGUACUGUGAUCAGUCUGCACAUUUGUAAUGGUGGAAAUCACAUGACUUUACCCUGCUAUCAGUCUUGAGAGGGGGACUGGUGCAAUAACGUGAUGUACUCGACAAUCAUGCACACGUUAGGGCAACAGGCUGCACUUUCUCCAGACUGCAGUCUAAUCAUAUAAUCAUAGCACAUCUAAGUAAAAUGGGGGUGGAGGGCAGUGAAAAAUUUUUUUAUCUUAAAUGUUAACAGUUGAGCUCCAGCAUUCUGUGAAUCCUUUGCUGCAUCUACAAAAAUCUGACGUAGAAAAUAAAUAAACAAUGUACAUGUACUGUCUUGUAUCCAUUUGUAGUUUGUUGAUGGUGAUUAUUGAUGACAUUUGACAGUUUUUAGUAUUUGUUGUGAAGCCCAUUGUGCAUCUGUGUAUGAAAUGUGCUUUACAUAUAAACUUGCCUUGCCUUGCCGUAGGCAACUUGCCAUCAGUCUGCAGAGGAGGACUGCUGCCAUCUACUGGUCAAAGGAGGGGGAGCAGGAACACUCAAAUUCACUCUGAACCACUGCUGUAUAGGACUGCUGCAAUAAAUGUUGUUAUUAUCAUUAUUAUUGUCAUUGUUAUUGUAUUUUUCAUGGAGUCACAAAGGGGGUCUGUGGAAUUUGCCUGAUGAAGUGGGAAUUCCUGAGAUGCUUCAUUCUGACCAUUAUAUUUCACAUUGCACAUGUAUAUGUGACAAUGAAAUGAAACCUAUCUAUCCUACUGUACCAUGUGCAAUUGCGCAUGUUGUAAUCAUGCAAAUGUUUUAAAAGAGAAAGUGAAUGUGAUGGCUAUGCUGUCAAUUAGGCUUAACUUACAGCAUCAGUUAUGGGAUCAUGGAAUUUGUUUGUCUGUGUCUAUGAUUUGGACAUUUUGAAUUUAUGUUGUGGCAGCCGUGGCCUAGUGGUUAGAGAAUUGGUCUUUCAAUCUACGGCUUGCAGGUUCAAAUCCUACCUGAUCUCUCCCUACAUCUCCAUCCAUGGCUGAAGUGCCCUUGAGUAAGGCACCUAUCUCCACAUUGCUCCGGGGACUGUAACCAAUACCCUGUCAAUUAAUAACUGUAAGUCGCUUUGAAAAAAAAUGAAAGCGUCGGCUAAGUGUAAUGUAAUAAUCUUUUUUAAUGUCCAUGUGUGAAUGUAAAAUAAAUCCCACUGGUUGGGCUCGGAGUGUAAAAGGUGCUGUUUGUGCUCUUUUAAGGUCAAUUGGGUUGGUUUUAUACUGUGA